UCUCUCUCCAAAAAUAUCCGAAGACUUAACUCGGAAGGCACCGCGCUCUCUCCAGCGCGCCUCCUCCCCCCCCCCAAACGCCCCCGUCCGACGGGGUAGGGGCCGCGCUCCGCCGUCUCUCCACCAUGUCGGGUGCCCGCGCGCCGCCGCCGCCGCCGCCGGACGAACUAUCGUUCCUGGCCACGCCGCAUCCAACUCUCCUGGCGGGACGCUCGUCGUCCCUGUACAAGCAGCGAUCGUGGUCGCCGGACAUGUGCCGCGAGGAGGCGUGGCUCCGCCGCAAGGGGAACAGCAAGAACCGCCGCCUCCGCAGCAGGAGCGUCACGGACGACGACCUCGACGAGCUGAAGGCGUGCAUCGAGCUGGGCUUCGGGUUCGACUCGCCGGAGGCGGAUCGGCACCUGUCGGACACCUUGCCGGCCCUGGAGCUCUACUACGCCGUCAAUAAGCAGUACACCGGCGGCGUAUCGAAGCCGGAGGCCGCGUCGCCGACCGUCCCCCGCUGUGAUGCUCCUCCUCCUCCUGCUCCUCCCGUCGGAAGCCCGCAGAGCAAUAUAUUCAGUCGCGGCGAUGACCCUCAGGUGGUGAAGACGAGGCUGAGGCAGUGGGCGCAGGUGGUGGCUUGCUCGGUGAGGCAAUCGACUUGCUGAGCCCCUGGUCGGUCGG